GGAAAAGAGACUGGAAAACACAACAUCACAUGUCUCUCCCUCUCCUCCACGGAGUCCAAGCGCUGGAUCCUGGAUCAUCAUAUAGUGAAUGUACGCUACGUGGCUCUUGAAACAGAUUCAGUGAUUGCUGUGGAACUUACACCUGAGGGAUGCAGAACCCUGAUAAAAGGAUGUCAUUGCUUUAAAGGUCACUGCAUCUGGCUAACACCAGACAUCCUGAAGCAGGAUGGACACUGGGGCGCAUGGAGUAAGUUUGGCUCUUGUUCUCGCACCUGUGGCACCGGGGUGAAGUACAGGACACGGCAGUGUGACAAUCCGCAUCCUGCCAAUGGAGGCCGCACGUGCAUGGGCCCGAGCUACGAGUUCCAGCUGUGCAACACUCAGGACUGUCCUAAGGACUUUGAAGAUUUCAGAGAGGAGCAGUGCCGGCAGUGGGAUCCUUACUUUGAGUACCAGAACAUGAAACACCACUGGCUCCCCUACGAACAUGUCGAUGCUAAGGAAAGGUGCCACCUGUAUUGCGAAUCAAAGGAAACAGGGGAUGUGGUGUAUAUGAAGAGGAUGGUUCACGAUGGGACCCGCUGCUCCUACAAAGACGCUUACAGCAUUUGUGUGCGGGGAGACUGCUUGAAAGUUGGGUGUGACAGGGUCAUAGGUUCCACGAAGCAGGAAGAUAAGUGUGGUGUUUGUGGCGGAGAUAAUUCCCACUGCAAAGUGGUGAAAGGAACAUUUUCAAGAGUACCAAAGAAACAAGGUCACAUUAAGAUGUUUGAAAUUCCUGUUGGUGCAAGACAUUUACUUAUACAGGAAACAGACGCCACUAGUCAUAAUCUCGCAAUUAAAAAUCGUGAAACGGGGAAAUUCAUUCUAAGCGAAGACAACUAUGUGCCAGACUCUAAAGUAUUUAUUGACAUGGGUGUGGAGUGGGAGUAUCGGAAUGACGAUGAUAGAGAAACCGUGCAGACCAUGGGGCCGCUGCGUAAUGGAAUAGUUAUUCUGGUGAUUCCUCACGGUGGUGCCAAGAUAUCUUUGACUUACAAGUACAUGAUCCAUGAAGAUUCCUUGAAUGUAGAUAACAAUAAUGUUUUGGAAGAGGACUCGGUGUCAUAUGAAUGGGCUUUGAAGAAAUGGUCCCAAUGUUCAAAACCUUGUGGAGGAGGCUACCAAUUCACAAAAUACGGCUGCCGGAGGAAGACAGACCACAAGAUGGUUCAUCGGAGUUACUGCGAGUUGAUCCAAAAGCCUAAGCCCAUUCGCAGGGUGUGCAACCUCCAGGAGUGCUCCCAGCCCAUAUGGGUUACAGGAGAAUGGGAGCCUUGCAGCAAAAGUUGUGGGAAAACGGGAUAUCAAGUACGAUCUGUCCGAUGUAUCCAACCUCUACACGAUAACACAAAUCGGUCUGUUCAUACCAAGUACUGCAACAACGACCGUCCAGAAGGCAGGAGGCCUUGCAACCGGGAGCUCUGCCCAGCGCAGUGGAGAAUAGGACCCUGGUCACAGUGCUCUGUCAGCUGCGGCAAUGGCACGCAGGAUCGCCCGGUCCUGUGCCGGACCAGGGACAAUGCUAUCGGCCUUUGUAAAGAAAAUAAACCAGAGACCGUAAGGAUUUGCAGACUACCUCCAUGUCCAAGAAACGUUUCCGAUCCUUCAAAGAAAACCUACAUGAUACAAUGGCUGUCAAGACCUGAUCCAGACUACCCCAUCCAGAAAAUAUCUUCAAAAGAUCAUUGUCAAGGAGACAAGUCAAUGUUUUGUCGCAUGGAGGUUCUCUCCCGCUACUGCUCCAUUCCCGGUUACAAUAAGCUGUGUUGCAAGUCCUGUAAUAUGUACAGCAACGUAACAGAGGACGACAAUGUGACUGAUUCUAACGUAAAUAAGAAUAAUGUCAUUGAGGAGGAGCUCCUGACAACCCUCAGCCUUCCCACGGGAGUGUCCACCACACAGUCUGCCACCAGCCCUCCUCUUGUUGCCAAACCACGUGCACCUCCUUCCAACGCAACCGAGGAGCACCCAGAAAUCAAUGCGGUGGAUGUUCCCUAUAAAAUCGAUGGGUUGGAUAACGAAGUAUCACAGCACAACAUCAUUACACGGAGGAGGAUACCCUAUGAAAGGACAAGGAAUCAAAGAAUUCAGGAGCUGAUUGCUGAGAAAAGGAAAAAAGAGACUCUUAGGAAAAUAAACUAA